AUGGUUAACGGCGCGGAAUUAAAUGAAGGCAAUGCGGUGACGAUGGUGGCCUCCCAACGACUUCCCGAGUUGGUUGCAGCAGAUCCCGAGAUGUGGUUCGCGAUGAUCGAAUCUCAAUUCGUAAGAAACCACAUCACCGAUAAGCAGCAGCAGUACCUGCAGGUAUUAUCAUCCAUACCUUCGCGGUACGCGACCGAAGUGCGGGACAUCAUCAUGAAACCGCUUACUGCUGCCCUAUACGACGAACUGAAAGUGCAGCUGAUUAAAAGGUUAAGCGUCAGUCAAGAAGAGAAAACCCGCAAGCUGCUUGAAGGAGAGAAAAUGGGCGAUGAGAAACCAUCGCAAUAUCUUCGCCGAUUACAAGCGCAAGCUGGAUCAUCGUUCCCUGAUCAUCUUCUUAAGACACUGUGGCUACGGGGUUUACCGGAAAAAUAUCAAACGGCUAUGGCUACCCAACAGGAAAAGGCCGUCACAGCUAUGGCAGAAGUCGCCGACUUCAUCCAUGGAUUGCUGCCUUCACGCCCGUCAAUUGCAGAAGUGGCGAUAACCCGGGAUACACAGCUUGCCCUAACGAUGCAACAAUUGCACCUGGAAAUUGCUGAGAUUAAGAACCAUCUAGGCAUCAUGAACGCCCGUGGAAGUGAAGCAGAAUUCUAUAGGCGUGGCAGGUCCCAGACACCCCAUCGAGGUCAUAAUUCCCAGCAGAGACCCCGCUCUCGGUCACUUCAACGGGGCCCACGGCCUCCUGGUAUGUGCUGGUACCAUUAA